AUGCGCAUUUCUAUUUUAGGAUAUGACAAACACUUUGAAGUUCGUGAGGAUUCUCCGGAAGCCAUAUCACCGGAACAAGCAUUAAUACAUUUCCUAAAGGUUAUGCUUGGCACUGGAAUGCUCAGUCUACCUUUAAGUUUUAAAUCAUUACUGUCCAAUAAAAACUGUUUUAGUAAUUCUAAAAAUGUAUUUUUUUGGAUGGGACUUAUACUUCUUCCACUGAUAUGCCUACUAUGCUUGUACUGUACUCGUCAGCUGGUGACAGCGGCCCGAUACGUGUGCCGCAGAACUGGUCGUUCGAGGAUUGAUUAUGCAAAUGUUAUGAGGAAAGCAGUGGAAUUUGGCCCUUCUUGGAUGAGCUAUCGAGGAUAUUUCGCAAAACAAACUGUCAAUGCGACGAUGUUCGUAGCUCAACUUGGAUUCUGUUGUGUGUAUUUUGUGUUUAUGGCUGAUAAUCUGAAACAGUUCUUUGAUGAGACUUCUACAGUCCACAUGCAACAGUCUACCUGGAUUGCACUUCUCUGUGUUCCGAUCUUAUGCCUUUGUAGCGUCCGUAGGCUCAAAUCGUUGGCCCCAAUUGCUCUUUGUGCUAAUUUUAUAUACUUUGCUGCGCUCACUAUAGUUUUAUGUUAUUUAUUCACGGAACCAAAACCCUUCGCUUCGUUACCUGCAUUUCCACGAAACUGGAAUAAAUUACCACUGUUUUUUGGGACAGUGAUUUUUGCCUUUGAAGGAGUUGCGGUUGUACUGCCAAUAGAAAACCAAAUGAGAGAUCCAUAUCAUUUUAUAUCGCCGUGUGGAGUACUAAAUGCUGGCUGUUACUUAGUUAUGGACCUGUACUGUGUUGUGGGCUUCUUUGGCUUUUUGAAAAUCGGUGACGACGUUAAAGAUACAGUCACUUUAAAUCUUCCGAAAACAAUGUUCUACCAGUUCAUUAAAGUUAUGUUUGUGUCAUGCAUACUCGUUUCAUAUCCGUUACAAUUUUAUGUUCCCAUGGAACGUGUGGAAAAAUGGAUUAGCAGAAAAGUUCGAAAGGAUAUUCAAGAACAAUCUGUUUACCUUGCUCGCUUCGGCUUUGUUAUUUUAACGUGUUUACUAGCAGAGCUUAUACCACACCUGGCCUUGUUCAUAUCCCUAAUCGGCGCCUUUGCAUCCACCGCACUGGCUCUUAUCUUUCCACCAAUCAUAGACAUUCUUUGCAACUAUGCAAAAGCCAAACUAACUUGGAAUUUGUGGAUAAAAGACACUUUUCUGUUAUUGUUCGCUUGCAUUGGAAUUAUAACAGGGACAUACACAAGCCUAAACGAGAUCGUAGAACAAUUUGGUCAACCAGGCGGCUAA